AUGCAUUUAUGGAGUGAGCAGCGUGCAGCGUCACACGCGCCGUAUGCACACACCAUUCAGGGCGUGCCUCGUGCCAGCGCGAUGGUGACAUACCAGCAGCCUGGAGCCCACCACGACGAAUAUGGAAGGCGGCCAGUCCUACCACCAGGGCACGUCAGUGGCCUGAGCAGCCAUUCGCGCGGGCACUCACACACAAGUAGCGACGAAAUGGUGUGGCCACAGGCUACCUCACCACGUCGCACACCCAUGGCCAUGACCGGCCCAGCGCCACUGCCGCCCACGAACGCGUACAUGUCACGGCCGUAUUCAGCCUCGAGCAUCCACAGCCAGGGCUCGACGCCUUCGAGCACUGACUCGGGGGACCGUGUCAUCAUUCAGGCGACUCUAGACAAUGAGUCCUUUUCCGUCGUCAACGUCACCGGCAUUGAUUCUGCGCCCACCAUCCGUGAGAUGAUUCUGCGUAAACUCAAGCUGCCCUGGAAAGACUUGUCUCAGUGGGGCUUGAUUCGCACAGAGAUUGGUGAGUCGGAUGUGGGAAACUCCCCGCUCAUCGAUGAUGAUACCCUCCUGUCCCUAUGUCUCCAGUUCGGCGACGAUAAAGGCACAGUCAAAUUUCGCGUCCUCCAACGCCGCGCGGUCUCUGAUGAACCUCAUGAAGCGCCCGUCGUGUACGCGUCGCCCAUCUUAGUGCCACAGCACACGGCUCCCGCGAACCUCGCAUGGCCGGGCGAUUCGUUGUAUGCAUCUCAUCAGCCCCCGCCGGUGCCUUAUGCGCCACCCAACGUGGCUCGGAACGUCGUCCCGCGGCGCCAGCCAUGGAUCCCUACAGCGCCAGCAGGAGCACCACAGCAUAUCAAAGACACAUUUCUGCCCCCGCUUACGAACCGACACAUGUCCCCCGCCGUGGUCCUGCCGCCCUCACAGGCCCCGAGUUUUCCGUACCUGCAGCCGGGCAUGCUGGUGCCGUCAUCGAGUCUGGACGACAAGGCUCUUCGAAAAUCGUCACGCCCUCUCUCUGUGCAUGGCAUGUCGAGCAGUCGACCCGCCCCAUCGCCCCAUCAUGCGCCCGUGGCGGCACCCAAUGGGCGGCCGGCGUCCUUUCAACUCGACGCACCUUACAAACGCGAUCCUGAUGAAGCUGUCCCUCGACGCGUACUGAAGCCGUCGAAAUCACCCGCCCUGUCCAGCUCCAGCGAUGUCGGAUCGCCUCAGGACGAGAACGUAUACCCUAAUUCCACGCCACCCGUCCUGUAUCGCGGUGAAAGCAGCUUGGGUCCACGGCCACUGCCUGUGCCCUCGCCCAUCAGCUCGGCUUCUCCAGCUUCGGCUCAAAUGUCGCCCUGGCGCCAAGACAUACACUCGGAGUGGACAGAUCACAUACCCUCGGACCGGUCGACGCAGUCAGAUCACAGCGGUGACAGCUCCAUGCAGCGGUUGAUGGCACAUUUGCGAGUGUCACAGGAACGCAAAAAUGUCUCGACCUCGGACGCACCUGCCUUCGACUCGUUUGCCGACGAUACGCUGGGCGGCACGUUUGCGCAACCACUGGACGCAUCGACGCUCACAACUCGGCCGCACGAUGCCGAUACGCUGCGCCCAUCUCCUAGUACUCUGACACCCCGCGACGCCUCUCGGCCCGUUCUUACUCUCUCUAUAUCCCCGCCUCCUGAGCCCAAAGCGCCGUCCCAGGCUUCGGCCACGACGGUCGCCUCGAAAUCGUCGCAAGACAGCUAUCGACAGAGCUGGGCAUUCCGCCCGCCUCCGGAGGAACUGUAUGAGCAACUGGACAACCUGUUUCCCCGCCACGAUCUGGACCAGCCCCUCAGCGACAUGGCUCUCUCGCCCCAGACUAGUAGCGAAACGCCGCUGUCUGCCCAGAAAGAGGACCGCAUUGUGGCCGGUGGGACGCCGUCGACCAAGCACCGUCGUGCACCCCGUGGUCUUUCACGACACCAGCACCAUUCGAUCCGCAUCAUUGCACAAAACAGACGCCAGCUUCUAGAAAAGACCAAGCAGGAAGAGCGUCGAAACAAGCUGAAGAAUGAAGAGGUUCUGAGCCGACGAAAGAGCACGAAACUAUGGGGUGGACGUAUGGUGGAAAUGCGCACGAACGGUGCCAACUCGGUUGGCAUCGUGCCCGAUGGCAAUACCCACAACUCGAUGGACCCCGACACGCAGCCGGUGUUCAAGUGGGUCAAGGGCGACUUGAUUGGCAAAGGCACAUAUGGCCGUGUGUAUCUCGCACUCAAUGCCACGACAGGUGAGAUGAUUGCGGUGAAACAAGUAGAGCUGCCUCGCACAGCGGCAGACCGUGACUCAUCGAGGCAGCGCAGCAUUGUGUCAGCCCUCAAGUCGGAGAUUGAGACGCUCAAGGACCUCGAUCAUCCCAACGUCGUGACGUGCCUUGGCUUCGAAGAGACGCUGGACACGCUAAGUAUCUUUUUGGAGUACGUCCCCGGUGGGUCCAUCGGCAGCUGCUUGCGUCGGUACGGCAAGUUUGAAGAGGACAUGACCAGCUCCUUUCUGAACCAGACGCUCCAAGGCUUGGCGUAUCUCCACAAGCAGGGCAUUUUGCACCGCGACCUGAAAGCGGACAACCUCUUGGUGGAUUACCAAGGCACGUGCAAGAUUUCUGAUUUCGGCACGGUGCGUCGCAGCGAAGACAUUUAUGCCAAUGUGGAAAACAUGUCGCUCCAGGGCAGUAUAUUUUGGAUGGCGCCAGAGGUCGUGAGCCUAUCGCGCAAAGGAUACAGCGCGAAAGUCGAUAUUUGGAGUCUGGGCUGUGUUGUGUUGGAAAUGCUGGCUGGCCGCAGGCCCUGGUCGGACGAAGAGGCCGUGCAGGCCAUGUUCAAGAUCGGCGCUGAACGUCGUGCGCCGCCUGUGCCGAAAGAUGUAAAGAUAUCGAAACCGGCCGCCCACUUUUUGCGUAACUGCUUCGAGAUUGACCCGGACCGCCGUCCCACCGCCGCGCGUCUGCUGGAGCACGUUUUCGCCUGGCCAUCGCCGAAUUGGUGCUUUGAGGAUAGUGGGCUGUACAAGUUGCUGUGUCCUCCGAAGUAA